AUGGAUCCUCUAUCUUUGACAGCAAGCAUUGUCGCCGUCACCACGGUCGCGGUGCAGGUGGGCAAACUACUAACCGGCCUUCACGAGGACUGGGAAGCAUUGCCGGGCAGGGUCCACGCACUAAACAACGAAAUUCAAGAUUUUACCGUUGUCCUGAACCAGGUCAAUAUAGCUGCCCAGGAAAGGCGGCUGUCGCACUGGGGCAGCCGUGGACACCUUAGCCUGCAUGCGGUGCUGGCGCGGGCCGAGGUGAAUUUAUUGGACAUCAAGGCCAUUCUGGACAAAAUUGUCGCAAGCUCGGGAUCAAGGAAGAAGGCUGCCAUUCCCCGAUUAUUGAUAUGGCGAAAAGAGCAAGGCCGGCUCGCGGCGCUGCAGGAGAUGAUCAGGCAGGUUAAGUCGAGCUUGAACGUCAUUCUCGGAGCUUCAAACUCGCAUGACAUGAUGCAUGUGCGGCUGCAGCUGGAGGAGCUGAGCCUCAAGGUACAAGGGCCUUUUCCUAGCUAUGACGAGCCAGCCGUCCCCAACGGUUUCAUCGAGGCUCUCUUCCAGGAGCACAACAAAUCAGUCAAACAAUCUCUGCACGAAAAGUACGCGCAAGUCGAUGCGCGUAUAGACAGGGUCGAGGCCAUGACCCGCACUCAAUCGACGGCUAUGCAUACAUCUCAAAUCCAGCAAAUUGGCCCCCUGUACAGCGCAUCGGCACCGCCCGCCAGGCAAAACGCCGUCAGACAGGUCAGCCCUGUUUCUGCGGCACGGAUUCGUGCCAAUUCUACAUCAGUCAGAGUGCGGCUUCGACAAGCUCAGGCGACCUGUCAUCCAGGAUGUUGCUGCGCCUGCCACACGGAGCGCAGCGCGACGUCUCCAUCGUUUCUGCAUCGUAUGCUCGGCCAGGUAUUCAUCGGCUACUGCGGCCUGCCCUUGCUGAGCAGUAACUGCGACAGGGACAACUGUGCGCGAAAGCAGAUACCGACAGCAACCAUGGAGUAUUGGUUCCCUCUCGGCUUCUGCUGGUCCCAAAUUGUGCGGCUUCAUCUUGCCUACGACGCAAAUACUGGCCCUUCCCUCCAGCUUAGCACUCUCAGGCAAGUCUCGGAUUCUGCGCCGUGCGUGGGUUUUGCCCUCAACGGCAAUACAGAAGGCCUCAAAAAUCUCUUCCAGCAGGGCCUCGCAUCUCCUCGUGAUUGGGCCCUCUAUGGACAGCAAUAUGAAACUUGCAAAUUUCUCAUGAUUGCUGGCGCGGAUCCUACAUAUAGGCCGAUCGCGAAGAGUGAUGAUUGUCCUAGCGACAAAGCUGGCGACAUUAUCCUCAGAGGUAACCUAACAAGGGCGACUACCGAGAUUCUACGCAUCAUGGCCGAAGGCAGCGACUACAUCGAGCGACAAAAUUUUAACGAGCUUCACAUCAUUGUUCUGGGACUGUGCUCGCAAGACUUGGAAAAGACGAUACGCAAACGACCUCACGAAGUGGAUGUGCCAGAUGCAGCGGGCCGGACACCGCUUCAGUGGGCGGCGGCCAGAGGUGACGAGAGAGCUGUCAUCACGCUGCUUAGCUGGGGAGCAGACGCGAACCACAUGGACAACAAAUUCAAUACCCCGCUGACCUUGGCCGCAAACCAAAACCAAGUAAUCUGCGUUCGCCUUCUCCUGGAGGCUGGGGCGCUGCCCGAUCCUCAACUGCCAAAGGGCACCAAGUUUGGCACCCCCCUCAACUGUGCGGCUAGGAAUGCGUCGGACCCCAUGGUCAUGAAGACGCUCUUGGACUUUGACGCCAACAUCGAGGCCACCGGGGUCGAUGGGGUGACACCACUUCUGCAUGUCGCGCGGAGCAGCAGUGCCACGCAUGCGAUGCUGCUUCUCGAGUACGGCGCAAACAUUAAUGCUAAGUCAAGAAGCAACCAGUCGCCUCUCACAGCAGCCAUUCAGUGCAACAAUCACGCCGUAUUGAAGUUACUGCUUGAGCGGUGGUCUGACAAUCAACAGUGCCCUCGUCUCGAAGGGCCUUAUCUGCUGGACAUUGUGGCGCAUUCACUUUUGGACCUGAGAAGUGACAAUUCCGACGAGCUGAAUGCAGCAUUUGAAGAGUUGCGGUCAGUACUGCGGGCGGACGCAGCAUCCGACCACGACGUUGCGAGUCAAAUGGAACAAGGGCUUUUUCAGGCCUUUUCCGAUCAAGACACAGAAUCAGACGGUUCAGCCUUUGAGGACGCAAAAGAAAGGUUUUGA